CGUCCCUUCCCCUCAGUGCAACGAGAGCCUCCGCUCCGACAACAAGCCCACGACCUCUCCGCCUCCCCUGCACUCUACGGGAACUCCCCGCGUUGCACUACGAGCGUCGUCGACUCUGCUGCUUUUCUCUCUCUCUCUUUGUGGACGUGGAGCUCCUGAGGAAGCGUCAUGAGGGUUUCUCUGCUGCUGAUCUGCGCCCUCGCGGCUCUCAUGGCGGCCGCUGAGUCGAAAAAAUGCAAGGGCGAGUGCGUGUCCGCCGGCUCGUGUGAAGGGACGGAGACGAAGGCCGAGUGCGGAGACUCCCAGGUCUGCUGCGUGACCGGAAAGAAUGUUGGGGUUAAAAGGAACUGCAGCCCCACCAGUAGGUGCACCGCCCUCAGUGGUGAAUGCAGGGUGAAAAAAUGCCUUCCUGGAGAAAAGAAAUACAAGAACAAGAAAAAGGUGACCUACUGUGAAGGCAAGAGGAAAUGCGUUUGCUGUGCCAGGAGCUGCGAAAACAAGUCCGCGUGCAACGUUAAUGGCGGGUAUUGCCAACCCGUCGAUCAUGUUUGCGACGGCACCUUGAUGACGGAGAGAACCUACUGCGUGUCUAAUGAGAAAGGGAAGAAACGAUGCGGCUGCUGCAUUCCAACAGGUAAGUCAUGUUCUGGAAGAAUUCAAGUAGCGACCUUUAGAGGCUGGUGAUGGGUGGGGGGGUAAGGACUCGCUUUCCUUACAUAGAUAAAGAUCAUUAAAAUACUAAUGUAAGGGGAAGAGGGAGAUGUAAUUAGUAGUGUUGUGUUAUGUUCUAUUUUCUAUAGAUUUUUUUUAGCAAGUCGAGAAAUAUAUUCAUAGGCAAAGAAUUAGAAUUUUCCAAUAACUAGCUGGCAUUUAGAUAAGUUAAUGUGUCACUAACGUUGAAAGCCAAAGGAAUAAGCUCAGUUCAUGCUGCACACACAUCAUCUAACGACAAUAUAUACUUUAUUUUCACAGGUACAGACUUUCGUGUUGGUAAACAGAAAUGUGUUGUAAGUCGAUUUCUUAUAAAUGUCAUCCGUCGUAGUUUUCGUGUUAUCGUUUUAUUUUCGAUUUAUUCACCUGUAUUGCGAGUCUCGUCCCGAAGGAGUCUGUUCCGGCGCGUUGGCACCAAGCGGAAGCCUCGGAGCAUGGCGCUAUUUGUCCUCGACAUUCCGCGCGCCGGCGAGUCCCGUUCCCGAGGCAGUGGCGUGAAGAGCCUAAAGAUUAGCAUUAGCGAAUGGCGGCAAUUUCGAUUCAUACAACGUCCAAUUGACCCUUUUUCAUUCCCUUUUUCGAUGUGUGCUUUGGAUCCUGUGUUUCUUUGCUUUUGCUCUUGUCGCCUCCCGAUUCCAUGCAAGGGAAUCUUUCACCAACCUCCUCCUUAUCUUCUUCCUUCCUGCAUUUUUUAAGCAAAGAAAAGUAAUUCUGCCUUUUUGAGUUUGUCCACACUGUCUUUUUUCUCCUUUUCAGAUUUAUAUACAAGGCAAUACAAUGCACUAAUACUAAUCUUUAUUUCUAGUGAAGUGGCCAUACGCUUUGGAAGAGAGAGGAGUGAACAAUGAAGAAGCGUCAAAGUCGGGCAGGAUUCUUUCCUUGAUUCUUUACUGCCAUGCCAUUCACUCUUUUAUCAUUCAUUGCACUGAAUAAGCGAAAUGACAAUAACGUUGGUAAUAUGUCCUGCUCCAGAAAUAAAUCAAACAAAGAAAGAGAGGAAAGAAUUAAAUAACUUUUUGGUACAAUGUCAUUCCUUUACUGAUCAAUGAUGCAUGUCUUGUUGUGAUUAACUUAUAUUACGCAGGUCAAGUAAUCUAUAGAGUAAAUCAGUCACGAUGAGUGCAUGAUUUGUCCGUUCCUACUAAUAGUGAUGUCCAUAUUAAACAACUGUUGAAUAAUGAAUAUCAAAUAAACUUGCUCGAACAUAUUUCCAGGUGAUAACAAGAUUUUAAAAUCUUAUGAAUCGCCGAACUACUACCGUCAUGAUACCCAAUUAUAAAUAAGUCAAUAAACACUCGAUUCCAGGAAGAGACGUUAGCCAACCUGAAUCAAGGUUAAUCGCCGGUGUUCUAAACAUCCAUGUUUCAAAUUUCCGUUAUUAGGGCCAGAAGUUUAUCUAGUGAGCAAAACGUUAUUGUCCUUCUCACCACUUCCUUCUUCAACAUUUCAUCCAUCUCUUAUUAUCAUUGUUAUUUUCAUAAUAAUGAACAAGCUAAGAUAAAUAAAAAGGAAAAUCAACUGCA